UGGCUGCGCCCAGGAGAGUAGGACAAAGGUUGCAGUGAAACCCGGGCGUAGCUGAGGAAAAUCGGAGGUGGCCGCGGCUCCUGAGAGAAGGAGAGCAUAAGGCUCAAGAUGGAAAAUCAUAAAAUAGAUGAUGCUAAGGAAAAUGAAACACAUUUCAUUACCAUAACGGGAAAAAUUAACCAGCUUCCAGAAACAGAAAGGAAUUUACUUGAACAUGGAUCAGUAUAUGUCGGACUUAAUGCUGCUCUUUGUGGCCUAAUAUCAAACAGUCUUUUUCGACGCAUGUUGAAUGUGACAAAAGCUCGUAUUGCCGCUGGGUUACCAAUGGCAGUGCUUCCGUUUCUGACAACAGAUAUAGCUUACAGAAGUUUUGUAACUUUACCUUUGACUACAGGUGAACUAAACUGUGAAACCUGUACCGUAACCCGGAGUGGACUGACUGGUCUUGUUUUUGGUAGUCUGUAUCCUAUAUUUUUGGCUAUACCAGUGAAUGCUGGCCUUGUAGCCAGGUAUCAGUCAGCUGUGCUACCAGAAAAAGGAAACAUCUUAACAUACUGGAUUAGAAUUUCUAAGCCUAUCUUUAGAAAGAUGUUAUUUCCCAUUUUGCUCCAGACUCUGUUUACAGCAUACCUUGGAUCUAGACAAUAUAAACUACUUAUAAAGUCCCUUCAAUUACCUGAACCUGGCCUAGAAAUUCACUAAGUUUAAGCAAAUGUGUACACAUACAAAAAUAAAAUGG